AUGACUUCGCCGUCGAUUGACGGCCAUAGGCCCCCUUCGAGGACGGCAAGCUUCCAACGGAUGCUGGAUCUCGAAAAGAAGUACAAGUUGGCAAGGCUUCAACGGACACACACUUCGCCAAGCACGGAAUCCCAAGAGUCCAUUCAGACCCGACCUCCUAUCCAGGCACGUCGCCGAGAUUCUCUUACGCAUCAACAAGGCCAAAUUAUGCUUGAUGCCGUGAGGAAAAACACUCCUUUUCCAUCACUUUCUAUCAAGAUACCACCAGCAGAUACCGGCAGCAAGAAGGAAUCUGAACAGGCACUCUCGGACUACAAGACGGAUGAAGUUGCAAAUGAGUCUCGCGACAAAAGCGUGACGUUCUUGGCACCAGACGACGACGAAAUCUCCAUAUCGGAGCAGUCUUCUAUCUGCCACUCGCCAAGCUGGGAAGGCUGGGGACAACAGAAAAAGAAGAAGAAGGAGCAGGCCGAGCAACGCAAGCGGGACAAGGAGCAAGCAGAAAAAGACGUCCGGAUAGCCAAGAAGAGGCUGGCGAACAGGCUCUCCAAGGCGCCUCCCCCACCGGAUUCGCAGCCAUUGACGGAGACACGGCCUGGCUUGCCUCGCUCAGCUUCUACCUCUAUGGUUCGACAGAGUACCGACAGCAAAUCUACCAACUCGUCCAUCAGUUCGAUGAAACCUCCGGCAUCCACACAGACCUUCGUUCCCUACUGGGGUUUCGCCGUUACGAGCGCCGGUUUUGUCGGUGGCAUUAGGUUGCAUCAGCCAAUGACUCUUCCUUUGAAGGCCCUGGAGCCAGCUUCAACCAAGGCCAAGAUAGAGGAAGUUUCGGAGGUCAACAAGGAUGGCGAAGGGCAGGAAACCGCGAGUGCGCGUCGUGAUGCCAACGUCGCCGCAGCCAGAAAGGCUCAGCAGCCCACGACUGUGACCGACUCUCUGGACGAGGUCGAUGCUCGCCCAUCCAUGCAAAAGUCACACACAAUGGCAAUGGAGCCAAAGUAUGCCAUUACGACGUCUUUAGAGUCACCACGCACUUUGACAAUGCCGGACUCUCUUAGCAAUGACACAUCAUAUCCGCCCCCAUCUUCAAGAAGUCGGAUGUUGAGGCAUAUGCCUCCGGGUAACGUCGCGUUGUCCCAGCAGGAUUCCCGACAAGCCCGGAGUGGUGAGAUGGAUGAAACAUCGAGAUUCGCCAAAGCACAGAACAUGAAAAGCAGUCAGUCAUCAAGAACGUAUACAGCUAUGGAUGCCGCACAAGCAGGCGGAGACGUUGUUAUGACGAUGAAUGACCGAGGUCGCCGACGCGGGAACUCAGCCAGUUAUGUCCAGAAUGCUCGGGACCGGAGUACCGAGCGCGCGAUGGCUGGCUUGAUGGACGAGGCCAUGAUGCCGAUCAUUCCCAUGUUUCCCGAUGUCAGCAAGGAGUCCAACAAUUUACACCCCUCUCAGGGCAGAAAGCAGGGGCAGGGCAGGAGUAUCCGUCCAGAAACUGGCUCGCGCGCAGCACCAGAAUCACCAACGGGAUCCGUGGAUGGGACUCAUGAGAUGUCCAGUGAAGACUACUUCAAUUUUGUCAACAAUACAUAUGAUCCGCCGGAGCUUGGCCUUAGUCCUCCACCAGCCAGCUUGUUUGCGUCUAUCAAAGCAAAGAUGAGCCGCCAAAGCUCAUCAUCGAGCUCCGCGCCUAGUACAAUUCGGAGCUCCACAGAGAGGAUCAAGACCUUCAUGCACCCGCCCUCGAGAUUGUCCAGUAGAAACUCUCCAGAGACGCAGGGCUCGCCGGAUCAUAUCGAGACUGAUGAGGUGUCUCCCAUCAGCGAAGACUCACCCAUCCCUGGAGGAGAAGAUGCCUUGGAAACGCCUAGGCAGCCGCCUGUCUCGGCCGUUCUCAAAGAAGAACCUCGCCAGUCGCAGACUACUGCGAGACCUUCGGAAGGGUCCUCGACGUCUUCCUAUCACGACGAUUCAUCUGUGCUCUCGUCUCCAGCUGGCACUCCCGAUACCUCGCGUCCACAGUCGGCUAGGGGUGUAUCGACAAGUCUCGAACCCGCCCAGCUUUCCGAUAUCAAAGAUGGCGCCGUCACCCAUGCGACCGAUCAACUUCACCCUGCGACUCAGGUCCCAACGGAGCGCUCCUCGUCUAAUACUCUUGUUCCUCGUCGGGACGAUGAGGAAGAGGAUAUGACUGAACCUCCCAUCGAACCUCGCUAUAUCACGACAAACCGACCUGCGACCCGGGAUAAACCUUUAAGUCCUUUGGCAAGCCCGGGACUCAGACAUCUUAUGGAUGAAGACUGGAGUCGGAGUCGGAUGCCGCUCGAUGUAGAUGAUGUCGCUUCCUCUCUCAGCAACGUAGCAAGCUCAGAGAGGCUCCAGUCUGCCCCAGCUAUGCCUCACAAUCCUACCCCUCAAUAUGAUAUGACUCUUGAUGGGGACAGGACGUCCAGUCAGAGCAACUCAACCCGGAGCGAACCGCAGUCUCGAGCAGACAGCAGAGCAUCAAAUGGAAAGCAGGCGGAAGAUUCGAAGUCACAUCACAAGGAGAGGAAGCAUCGCCACAAGGGAGAAAAGAAGCGCUCCUCCCGCGAAAAGGACAUGGAGAGGCCCUCCUCAUCCAGAUCGCAACCACUUUUGACCGAAGAACCUGGUGCGACUGAUGUGGAUUUCCUCCCACCACUCAAGCACGAGCCUAUCACCCACUCCAGGCCGCGAUCCAGGGACGCCAACCUGGCCCUCCAGCCGGCGCAACUCGAGCGUGAUGCCCGCGCCAAGACCAGGUCUCCUCUUACCGUGCCGACCGGCACCGAGUCCUCGGGCCGUAGCUCGCCCAGCGCAGCGUACCUGGCAGAAGCCCGGCGGACCGCGCCCACGGCGCCGUCAUCCCAGGCGAGCAGCGCGUCGUCGCGCUCGCUGCCGAAGCCCGCAACGUCCAGCCCGGCCGUCACGGCCACCCGGCCCAUCCUCCGCACGUCGACAUCCUCGCCGGCGCCGGCAGUCACAGCGUCUAGGGCACCGCUGCCGCUGCCCCAGGCGCCCCUGCUAUCGACCGCCGCUGGCGGCUCCGGCCCCGGCUCCGGCCACUCCACGCCGCCGUUUCGCGUGCCCGCGCAGGAGCCGGAGCAGCUCGCCCGGCCCAUGGCCAAGAUGCUGGUCGAGUGCUGCAGCUGCCGCUUCCUGCACGACAUGCCGUCGCGCGUGUACGAGUGCAUGGCGCAGCCCAACGCCGUGGUCACCGACCGCAGCCUCGGCGUCAGCGGCGCCAUCACCACCAUGGUCAAGUGCCCCUGGUGCGCGCACAACAUGAGCACCCAGUGCUGCGCCGGCUACGCUGCCGUCGUGUACCUCAAGGAGAGGCUGCACUAG